CUUAGCUAGGUUUUAUUUUUUUCUUAGUAAGUACUUGGAGACUAUGUCUGCAGAACUCAAUUCAUCCGCAAGAGAGGAGGAGGGAAGUCUUGGCCCAGGACCCAGUUUUAGGUCCCGUCAGAGGAAGAUAUUAAAUCUGCUCUUGGAGAGAGACACUUCCUUUACUGUGUGUCCAGAUCUCCCAAGAACGCCGGUGAACAAACUCUUUGGUGAUUCUGCAAACCUGAGCAUUUUGUCUGGAGGAACCCCAAAACGUUGCCUUGAUCUUUCGAAUCUUAGCAGUGGGGAGAUGUCUGCCACUCAGCUUACCACUCCUGCAGACCUUGACGGAACUGGUCCUUUGGAUUCUUCAGGAUCUCAGGAAAUACAGUUAGCUCGGACAAAUCAUCACCAGCACCUUAUAAAAUGCAGCCCAGCACAACUGCUUUGUAGCACACCGAAUGCUUUGGAUCAUGGCAGCAGGAAGAAAGAUGCAGUGUGUACCUCAUCCACAAACAAAGAAAAUGACAAUGGAAACUUGGUGAAAAGUAAAAUGAAAUAUCUGGGCAGUCCCAUCACUACAGUUCCAAAAUUGGAUAAAAACCCAAAACUAGAAAAAGACCAGACAGAGGAGAUUUCAGAUGAAUUGAUGGAGUUUUCCCUGGAAGAUCAAGAAGAGGCCAAGGGACAGUGCUCUCUGAUGAUGCUGGAGGAAGAUUCUAACCAGGGGUAUCUGACUGGUGAUUUCUCCAAGGUAUGUAUGCUGCCAACCGUGUCAGGGAGACACCAAGAUCUGAAGUACAUCAACCCAGAAACAGUGGCUGCCUUACUGUUGGGGAAAUUCCAGGGUCUGAUUGAGAAGUUUUAUAUCAUCGAUUGCCGCUAUCCGUAUGAGUACCUGGGAGGACACAUCCAGGGAGCUUUAAACUUGUACAGUCAGGAAGAACUGUGUAACUUUUUUCUGAAGACACCUAUUGUCCCUUUGGAUGCCCAGAAAAGAAUAAUCAUCGUGUUCCACUGUGAAUUCUCCUCAGAAAGGGGUCCCCGAAUGUGCCGCUCUUUGAGAGAAGAGGACAGGGCCCUGAACCAGUAUCCCACAUUGUACUACCCAGAGCUGUAUAUCCUCAAAGGGGGCUACAGAGACUUCUUUCUAGAAUAUACGGUGCUGUGUGAACCACAGAGCUACUGCCCUAUGCAUCACCAGGACCAUAAGGAGGAGCUGCUGAAGUGUCGAAGCCAGAGCAAAGCAUGGGAAGGAGAGCGGCAGCUGCAGGAGCAGAUUGCUUUGCUGGUGAAGGAUGUGAGCCCACAGUAAUAGAUCAGCUGCUGGCUGCCUAGGAGUCACCAAAAACACUGUAGA